CAAUCGGGUGUCCCGUACCAUCCGCGACCCUGGCUCCCCGAGACCGACCGCCAAUCAGCCGUCCCGUAACUUUUUUCAUUCAAUCCGUUCUUUGUGAAGUGAAUCCAUGGCCGGGGGGAGUGAGAAGGGAAGGGAAAAGAUGUUAUGGUUCUCCUAGAUCGGAUGUCAAUAUUUCACAGAGGAAUUUCACUUUUAUCCGUGUUGAAUUUCGUCGUAAAGCCGAGACUGACGUCUUGCCUCGAGGGCUCGGGCCGGGGCCGCCCUCGCGUUUCCUUCCGCUGACUCUUUUUACGCCUUUUUCACCUUCAGCCACUCUGGUCGAUUUUUUCCUCCUUUUUUUCCCCUACAGUUUAUUGUGUUGACUUUUUCCCUCGCUCCGCUCGCUCCACAACAGCCCUCGAAUAUUUUAAUUUACGUUUUUACAUUUUAUUCGACUCCUCUAUGAUAGAUCUCAAACUUCUCUCUACAAAAAUCACAUUGACAACUACUAUUUACCCUCCGAAGACAAAAGGACAAGUGGGGAAAAUUCGUAACACUUAGUUGUUCAUGGUAUUAAAUGUUUAAUAAUUAUAUGUUCAUUAGAUGCCAGAUUUUUCGGUUGAAUGAGCAUAACAGAAUGGUAAAACAAGGACAUCUUCACAGCAUAAACUUUUUAAAACGGCUGAAGUAUACAACUAUUAGAAGAUGAACACAAGUGUAGUGUUUAAGAAAGAUUUUAGUUUUAGUUAUGUGUGUGAAAAGUGAUUUCUUUUUUAAAUGGUUGUUACUAUGGAAUAUGGUUGACUUUGAACCAGUGUAUCUGUAAAUCUUGACUUUUAUCCAACUUGAACUUUUCACAAAAAGAAUAUAUUUUUUAUUUACAAUUUUGUAAUGUUGACACAUCUAAUUUCGCCUCGACCGGACAGACUCGAAGGCGUUUUAUUGUAAUGUUAGGCUACUUAACAAUGUUGGAAAAGAGAGAGAUAAAAGACUAUGAAGGGACGGAGAGUGGAAUUGUAAGAGUGGACAACCAUCAGACUAAUAUCAUCAUGACAAGUAAUAACAAUUCGAUAAAUGAUCCUAAAGAGGCUGCUCUUAUCAGUGCCAAAAAGUUACCAAAGAAGAGAAAAUUUGUUCCGUCCGAAGAAGAUUAUGAAAAGCCAUUAGCCGAAUCAUUCACUAGUGUAGUGGUUCCACCACAGGUUACUGCAGUGGAUUAUUCCUGCCUGAAUUCUCAAAAGACGAGGGAAAACGAGAGGCAGAGCACCUCCUUGUCAUAUGCAGAGAUCCAUAAAUCAGAAGAAAGAGUAGAUGUAGGCUGUGUAGAAAACAGCGAUUUGACACACAGACCUGUUCAUGUGAGAAAUGAUAUUGACUUGAAAGAGUGGAUAGACACUCACGUAUUAGCUAAAAGGGAGGACACUUAUUUGCCAGGAGUCAUCCGGCGGGCUGGACAAAAUGGUGAAGUGUGGGUGGAACUAGACAAUUAUGAGCACAAGGGGCAGCAUGUCAUAUUUACUGAUGUAUUGAAUUCUGGAAAAUACGACAUAAUUUUAGACGCCAGUCCGUCUGCGGGUCAAGUCAAUGUCAACGCAAGAGUAUGUGUUAAGGUUCCUUCUCUCUCAGAUGAACAUCACAUUCACCAACGUGUAUAUAUAGAAGGAGUUGUCUGCAAAGUCACUAGUGCCCCUAGAAGAUUCGUUGUACAACUGAUAGGGAAUCAACAAGGGAAAGAAGUUAUUGUGAGCCGAGCAGAUCUUCGGCUGCUACUCCCGCCAUGGUGGGAAGAGCUAGAAGAUAUAGAAGAAAAUAACCGUGAAAUUGCUCAUUCAACACUUAACAAUGGUUAUGUACUUCCCAACAACGGACACCUUCUGCAUCAUAUCGUUCCUGGUCUUCAAGGGAAUGAAUCGAUAACAUACUACAGAACCAGCCCCAGUUCACCACUGCACAAUAUGGCCACACCAAACAGCCUUAUUUCAACUGCGCCUUCGAACGCAAGUGGCGAAGAUUUACGACGCAGGCAGUUUGAUGAUUUUGUAGAAAGUGAUGAUGAUUUGAGGAGAGAAGACAUUCUUUUUCCAACAGAUGCAGGAAGCAGUAAAAGAAGCAGUGUCCAUAGUAGAGGUAGCACCUCAAGUUUAUUGGAGCAUGGAAGUAUCACUCCAAGAUCUACACCAGCAACACCAAGAUCUCAAGCGGCGACACCUCACAAAUAUAAAAAAGGUGACGUCGUCUCAACACCUAGUGGAAUUAGGAAAAAAUUCAACGGUAAGCAGUGGAGGAGACUUUGCUCAAAGGGGGAUUGCACUAAGGAAUCUCAAAGAAGGGGCUACUGCUCUAGGCAUCUUAGCCUUAAAGGAAACAACAAUACGUUACGCCCACAACCUGCUAAUUUUCCCAGAAAUAAAGGAAGUGUUUUGGAUGGUGAGGAAACAUCCAGAGAUUCUGAUACAUCUCCCAACUAUGGUGAAAGGAGAAGAUUCGACCCUGAUGAAACAGAAGCUGCUAAUAUGCUUGUUUCUUUGGGUACAUCUCGUUCUGCAACUCCUGCAUACUCACCAACAAACCAUAAUCCAUCACCAAGCAUUCCCGUGCAGUCACCUGUUACAGUCGGUUCAAGACAAAAUGUCUUCCUCCCAAUUCCUAGUAUGCAGCGUCAUCCUCAGCCUUCUCCCGUACAGCAUCACUUUAUGGUUGGAUCUUAUCAACAACAUGUUAUUAGGCCAGAAUUGGUGAGACCAACUACAUUAAUGGGCCAACAUCAAGAAGGCCGUUGCUCCCCUGUUAAUACAGGAAUGGCUACGAGUGUCAUUCGUAUUUCACCCAGUCCUCAACAACAGCAACAGCAGAUUGGAACUCACAUAGCCUGGAAAGUUGACAGCCCAUCACCACCCGCAACGCAUGCGCCUCAUGGCUACAACAUACUCCAGCAAGCUUUAACUCAUCCUGAAUCGCAUCCCAUGGAUGAGGAUCAACCACAACAAAGGCUGCAGGAACAACAAGACGUCCAACAACAAGUCAGCAAUCUUAGGAUAUUGAAAAUUGAUGAUAGACUUAUUCAAAGACCCCCUCAUCACCAAGAAUCUGUGAUCAGGAAAGACAAUUCAACCCACCAUUCAGUUCUCGUUGAAAAACCACUAACAGUUCUCCACCAAGUUGUUAAUAAGCCUAUGCAAUUUACAAAUGAAAAUAUUAAUUUGCACAAUACUUCAAAUACUGUGAACACAGUGAAUGAGCAGAACGUAUCUCAGCAAACUCAAAUGGGGAAAACGAACGUUUAUCAGCAACACGUGAUCGUAAAUCCAACUGAACUUCUUCCUGUACUACCUCUUCAGAACAAAUCCGACGACUCACCACAAAGAAACGGAGGUGUCGCUGUUAACACAUCAAGUGGUAUGGCAUUGUACCAAUGGGAUACUCUUGUUCCACUUCUCGGUACGUCACCUCCAUUAACCCCACCUAUUCUGUCACCACCACUUUCUGCUCCACCAGUCCCGAUAGACCCACCGCAUCAAGCAGAUGAAGAAGACGAUGAUGUAUUUGAGCCAGUUAGAGAGCAAGUACCUCUUAUCCAAGAAGGACUUAGCAACAGUUCAGCUGGUAAAAGAAGAACACAGUCAUUGAGCGCAUUGCAAAGUUCUAAAGAACCACAAAGUCCUCUUAAGGCAAAAGAUAGAAUAAGAAGACCCAUGAAUGCAUUCAUGAUUUUUUCAAAACGCCACCGCCCCCUUGUCCACCAAAGGCACCCCAAUCAGGACAAUAGGACAGUUUCAAAGAUACUCGGAGAAUGGUGGUACGCUUUGAGGCCAGAUGAAAAGCAGAAAUACCAUGACCUGGCUUCCGAAGUGAAAGAAGCUCAUUUUAAAGCCCACCCAGAAUGGAAGUGGUGUAGUAAAGACAGGAGAAAAUCUUCGACGAGCUCUGGAAGGGGCAAACUUGGUUCAGCCGAAGAUGGCGCGGAAUGCAUUCGCCCUACUUCACCACAAUUCCCAAGUACCUCUAAUACUAGUAUUGAGAAUAAAACUGUACCUGAAAAUAAUAAGACUGUAGAAGCAAGUGUGUCAGGUCAAGGAACCAACCACCCAGAAGAUGAGUUUUCUGAUGAGGACCAAAUGGUCAUUUGUGUUGAAGAAUCAGAAGUGGAUUUGAAGUGCAAAGAAAAGGUUGAAAACUCCGACUGUGAAAUGCCACAGCAUUGUUUCAGUUCGACGCCCAGGCCAUCUUCACCUGGUUCAGUUGAUGUCACGUGUCGUCCAAAGCCUAUUAAAGCUCGAAUUGGGUCAACGGGAUUGGAAAGUUCUGUGAAACACCCUACAACGCCAGGCGAAAACGUGCCUAUUGUUCCAUACCCAUACCAUUCACCAAUAAACCCAACAGGCGUUUCCGCUUUUCAACCAACAGGGGGUGGAGCUUUUAAGUCAAUGCCAAUUUCUCCAAAGGUUGCAAAAUCGGAGUUUGGGUCAAAUGGAGCUCUUAAUUCCGUAACUUGGUGCACAAGCGGGGUAAAGGAUAAUGAAUGGCAAAAAUCUGAACAAAGUGGAGUCCUCAAAUCAAACCAUCCUCUGUCUAGUCAGCCAACUGUCCUUCAUCAGCAUUCGUACAAACCCCCUUCUACACCAACUUCUCAGGGCGGAUCAAAACAAGCAAAUAUUGUUAAGACGACGACAAUAAACUGUAAGCAAGCCAUAACCUACACACAAGCCCAGCCAGUCACUUUAUACGUCCCAUCAACGAAUUCCCUCUUUACAAAUUUACUUUUGAAAAAUGAGCAGACAACGGAGCCAGUUAAAUAUCUUGUUCAGAAUGCAAGGUUUCAAAAUGUGUAUGUCUCAGCAGCAGCUGAUACCGGCAGAAGUGCAAAUCAGAUAAAAUUAGUCACAGCACAAUCAAAUCCAACAGUUAUAGUCAGUAAACCUAGUAGCAUCACAACUAUACAAGACAAAUCAGAAAGUCAGAAAACUGGUCCUGAAUUGUAUGAUGGAGAUAGGCGAAUGGAAAUAGAAAUGAAACCAAGUAAUCAAGAGGGUCAAACCAAUAGUAAUUUUAAUGAAAUGAAGCCUGAAAAUCUUGAAAAUAUGGAAGUUGAUGUGCAAGAAGAAAAAACGUUCAUCCUCGACCCAACUCCUGCUCAGUUAGGGAAGGCCCCACUACAAAGGAGGCAGUCAAUGGUUAUGAAUUCAAAUGAUAACCAGAUGAAUUCAGAGGCAGUGAAAGUCAACAACAGUGCUCCCGUUAAACGAGAAGAAGAAGUGCCAGUUUCGCCUUCUGGCAAGAAGAGCUUUUUCAAGAAAAAUGUUGAAGACGGGAUGGACAGAGUACUUGAGACCGUUAAUUUUGAGAAAAAAUUCUCAUCGCUUCCUGAGUAUAAGCCAGAUGAGUGCCAGUCGCCUAGUGCGAUAUCAGUUCCAUCAAGUCCACAUGUGUUCAACCAGUUUAGAAAGAAGCAGAUAAACCGAACUACAGAUGAGUGCCAGAAUAACGAAAUUGCUUCGACUCCAAAAACGGCCAAACUGGUUGGAAACACAUUUUUCGGGCCAGAUUUUAACAUAGAUGCUUUUAAAGGUCUUGAAUGCAAUGAGGCCAUGGAGGGUCUGUCACCGAGGACUCCAAAAACACCUGGUGGUAGGGAGAUUGAAAAAGGCCACCGUCGGAUGCUCGAACAAAGACGAAAUCUUGUGAUGCAGUUGUUUAACGAUCACGGCUUUUUCCCUUCUACACAGGCAACCAAUGCGUUCCAGGCCAACCAUUCAGACAUAUUCCCAAGCAAAUCAUCACUACAACUUAAAAUCAGGGAGGUGAGGCAGAGGCUGAAGGCACAAACGCCGACGACAGGUGGCAGUGCCAACCUCAUGAGCCCUCUAGAACCGUCGACACCAGGUAUGCCUUCUCAUAGCUCAAUAUCCCACAACACAGGAAACUCCAACAUCCCAACAUCGUCUAACAACAGUUAGCCUUUGGCCACACCUAGAGAACAGUUGUUCAUUGUCUUUUGCACUAUAGACCAAUCUCAACUUAGGUAGCCAACAAAUUUCUUUUUACUGAUCUCAACGAUAUUUUGAAGAAGUGAAAGCACGGUGUUCCACACUUUAUUCAAAAGCUUUUAAAAGUUUAUGUGAACCGAUGAGUUGUCGGUUUUCUGUUUAUGUAUGUCUUUAAAAGAAAAAAAAACAUUUUAUCAAUUUAUUAAUAAAUUUAUAUGAUAAGUAUUUAAGAUAUUAUAGCUGUGUGUAUAUUUGGCUUAUUUCAGGCCAAGAAGUCUUUUUUUUUCUCUUUUUUAUUAGGGUUAUCUAGGUCUAUUAAUUGUUCAUUAAAUGUUAUUGCA